AGGGGCCAAAUAAGCCAGUUCUUCCGUGCUUCACCAACGAAAAAGAAAAGCGAAGAAACCAACGUAUUUCUACACUAUCGAAGGCAUAGAGAAAUGAAUCCAAAACCCAAGACUUCAAUUAGGGCCUUGGGGCAGCGCUCCAUCGCUUCGUCGUUCCCCGCUCGCUCUUCUGGUUUGUACUCUGGUUCUACUGAUUCUAAAGAAGACAAUCGAGACGAAGCUUCAAAGAAGAGCCGCCGCACGUCGCUCGCGGACUUCCUCGACAGGAAGCUGCACGCUACUUCUGUGAUGCCCAGAACUGUUCAGGGGAAAUCAAGACCUUUCUCGUCGCCGCUGGGCCCGAGAGAAUCUAGUGGCUCCAUCGAUGGCCCUUUUGGGGCAAAGAAAGAUGGGGAAGCAAAGUCAAACUGCGUCAUCGACAAAGUGUUAUUUGAACAGUUCAAGCAUAAUGGUGAAGAUAAAGGAGAUCGUGAAGGCUUCUGUAGUGACGUGGCAUGUUGUAAGAUAGAUGAGGUGACAGAAUCAAGAAAAAGGAGGAAUCCAUUUCAAGGUGGGCAUGAGAAACAUACUGCUCGAAAGCAUUUAUUAGCUCUUGGAGAUGAUCCAGAACCAAAGCGAAAAGCAGAGGAAGAGAGGUUUAUUAGCAAGAAGAAAUCAAGACCUCUUUACAAUCACUAUGCAAAUGGUCGUGGCUGGUGGGACUACAACAUGGAAGGUGUUGAUAACGAAGAAGUAGGCUUCAAUGAAGUAUGGGAAGGGGUGGGCUCUACUACAUUAGGAGGAAUAGAAUGGCAUUGACUUUGUUAUGUGUGAAAAGUAUGUUAUGCUACUACUAGAGAAUGCUCUCUCUCUCUCUCUCUCUCUCUCUCUCGUCGUGGCUAUGUCCUGCUCAUCAUCCCUUAUUAGACUUAAAAAUGAAAAAUGAAAUUCCCAAAACAACUGAAAGCAUUUGAUGGAUGAAUCGUGAAGCUUACAAACUGAAUUCUAAGAAUGAAAAUGAGAGAAAUUGAAGGUCAUUACUUACCCAGAUUUUUUAUUACAAAAAUGAGAUAUUCUCUAAUUCAUAGAUAACUGUUUUGCAUAAGUAUCACAAUUAUAAAGAGUCCAUUUUACUCGCUUAUGGGUCCACACUUUCUUUACAUAAUGGAUAGGGACUUACUCCUUCAUGGAGAACUGUUUUUGGAAGUUUAGAGCAUGCCUUGAGAUAUGAAUAUCCUAUGCAUCAUCACCGAUGAAUUCUUCAAGGCAUAAUCUUUGAUUGUCUGUGAUGUCUUCACCUUAUGCUGACAGGUCCAAUUUCUUUUGAACUGUGCUAGUUCCAAAAAGAUGUAAUUUAGGACAAUAAGGAAACCAAAAGAGAAGACAGGAAAAAUGCUGUCUCCAGUUGAAAUAGUUUAUUAGUUUUAUCUGAUUUCCCUUUGUAAAAGGGUAUCCGAAUGUUCUCCUAACUCGUGUUAAAAUCCGGCCCCGAUUAUGAUCUACUUGAGUUCAUUCUGUUCUUUUGUUUUCUUAUUAAAUUGAAAUCAUCUCAUACUUUUGUCAUUGGUCUCUGUCAGAGUUACUGAACGGCCUUUGACUACCAAGUGUUCAACUAAAAAUCCUUUCACUUUUCGGAACAGGUCAUGCAAAUGCUAUGUCAACAUUGUUAGACAUACGGGUAAAAGAAAAAGAAAAAGAAAAAGAAAUAUAUCCUUGUGUCUUUCUUCUUUUCUUUUCUUUUUUUUUUCUUGGACUAUAGUAACUAAUUAAUGACAUAAUAAAUUAAGUUUAACCGUGCAUGAUAUUUAAUUCAUUAUACGCAUGCUCUUCAAGUAUUCUGCAUGCAUGGAUUAUUGUUAUUAAUGCUAAUGAUGCACAACAUCAAUUCGGAUGAAUGGCUCGUGCAUGCUGUCCAUGAUUAUCCUAUAUAAAUGGCACAGGAAUUUUGAAGGAUGAUUAUAGAGCUAGCUCGAAUUGGAAGUUUGAGUUAGCUUUGAAGUUCAUUUUAUCUCACGUACAUGUAAGUUUUCACCAUCACUAGUACUACUUUCCACGUACCACCUUUCUUUGUGUUCUUAACGUGUUUUCAUAGUCUCGACUAAUGUACGUAAAUUUCGUCAUGGAGCUGCUUUUCUAAGUUUUUUUUUUGUUUUUGUUUUUGCUUUUUGUAUUAGUGCAGAUAGAAGAAUUGAUCGCUAGCUAGCCUGUGGAUUAUAAAAUGGAAAAAGAUAAGAAAAUUGCAAUAGGACUUGCAUUCCUAGCAAGCGUGAUUUUGGUUGGUGCUGGGAUUUUGAUAUGGGUGCUUUUGGAGUCAGGAAAGGAUAACUUGGGAUAUUCUGGUGAUGGAAAGAAACCCCACCUCACCACUGGAUUGAUCGUGCUCACUGUCUUUUUGGUCACCCUCAUCUCUUUUUUCCUGUGCAUGGCCUUCAGAAAAUGCUGCCAAAUAUUCAAGCCGAACGCAGAUCAUUCUGAAAAUGUCAAUUGAAUCAAUAAAAGUGAUCAAAUUUUAUUUUUUAUUUAUUUUUCAUUUAAUGAUUAAGAAAGUGACUAUUA